UGUUUGAUCGGAAGAAAAAGUGGGAACGUUCCUUUGAUGUAUCUUUUAUAAUCGAAUAUUUUGUUGGUGAAACUUUUUUUUGUGUUCAGUGGAAAUUGUGUGUCAUUAAUUUAAAGAUCAGUGUAAAUUAGUAACAAUAUAAGAAAUUACCACCAUGACCGCUCAUUAUUCAGACGAGGAAGUUUUCUCUGAUCUGAUUGAAACGAAAGACCAUGACCAAAAAGGCCGUCGUGUCCUUCGUACACCGAAAUGCGCACGAUGUCGUAAUCACGGGGUGAUUUCAUGUCUCAAAGGACAUAAGAAAUUAUGCCGAUGGCGAGAAUGUUGUUGCCCAAAUUGCCAACUUGUGGUCGAGAGGCAACGCGUGAUGGCAGCCCAAGUGGCUCUUCGACGUCAACAAUCAUCCGAGGAUCUAAAUGGCAAUUCCAGUACCGCCAUUCAAACAAUACAAGCACUCAUCGCACAAAAAAGGAUAUACCAGAAGCAUCUUAAACAUCUACAACAGUCAGCAGCGGCACGUGAUUUGUUUGAAGCCUACAAACGAAUUCCAUCCAUAUACAAUUCACCGCUCUACGAAAGGAUAAGAAAGCGAAAAGCAUUUGCCGACCGAGAAUUAGAUUCUAUUCCCAACACUGCCCUUAUAUCGGCCGCAGCAUUUCCAAUUCCCUAUUUCGCUCUGUACCGGCCGUCAUUCGGAACAACCACUCAACAGCCCACACAACAGAUCUGCAGCCCUACAGACAGCUUCGAAAAUGAAUUCACCAGAUUAAAUAUGGAAAACAAUCCCGCAAUUAGUACGCGAAACCACUCCAGGCAUUCAAAUCUCAAUGGACGUCUAAGCGACAUCUCAAUUGAAGCUAAUCAUACAACAACAGCUGGUUCCUCCCAAAUCAAAGUACCAUCGCAGAUAUCCUGUACCGUGUCAGAUGCAGCACUCUCGAGUACAUCGGAUGUGAAAGGCCAUUGGAAGCGACCCAAACUGUCCUUCUCCAUCGAAUCAAUAAUUGGGGUCAAGUGA